AUGAGCCACACGUUCAACGACCAAACCCUCGGGGCAGAGAUAACCCGUCUCUUCCCAGAACGGGUCCAGGGCAAGACCUGUACACAACCCUCUCCUGAAGUCCCUCCAGGGCUGGAUUGUAGACAGCUAACUCAUCCCACAGUCAUCCUAGCAGGCCUCAAGCGAGGCGAGCUAGCCGCAGCUACUGCGGAUGCUCUCGCAGCAGCGCAGGCCUCCACGAUCAUUUGCACUGGCCAUUGUCAAGCUGAGCUCCAGCCAGUCAUCGACCACAUCACUCGCAAAUUCAAAAAUGUAAACAUGAUCUUCGUCACUGCAGACACAAGCAGUCUUGCCUCCUUUCGUGAAGCAGGCCAUGCAAUCAAGAAGAUUGGUUUGCCGAUAGACGGAUUCAUUGGCUUUCCAUCCGUCAUGGCUGCACCAUGGGAGACUACAACUGAUGGAUUCGAGUCGCACUUCCAAAAGAAUUACCUCUGCUACUUCCUGCUCGUGAAUAUUAUCCUGGACGUCAUGGCGCCAGGGUCCAGAAUCGUGCUGGUCACGUCCAGCAUGCGGACUGAAGCGCCGGCGCCGACAUGGGUGGAUGUUGGGUUUUCGGAUUAUCACUGUCUCGAUGGAUACGCGCAAUCCAUGCAGGCGGUCAUUUUGUUCGUCAAGUCUCUCUCGAAAAUGUGUGGGGGUCGAUCGAUUACUGCGUUUUCAGCCAAUCCGGGAACGGGGGAAGAUAUCCCCGUUCUGCUCCAGCAGGCUCCUAAAUCACUGGCCCAGGGGAGUGCGACUAUCCUGCGGGGGCUACUUGAUUCCGGCCUCGAAGAACAGUCUGGGUCAUUCUUGGAUCAUUGUCAGACCUCUCCAUUGCCCCAUCUUGACUUCCCGGCGGGUGCAGAUAGUGCUGCGGCGUUGUGGGAGCGUAGCCAGGGAUUUCUCCAGCAGUUUCUUUAG